AUGAUGGCUGAAUCAUUCGUAACCCCGGAAAAAAUACAGCUCCCACCCAGCCCGACUCGCUCGCCGCUGCCAGCAGGAAUCACGCACUCGAUAAAGGCAAACUCUCCAAGCGAGGAUCUCCUUUCUGUCCCUCCUUUGUUUGCCGCCCCUUUACCGCCGGUCCGAAAUCGCUCGCCGCUAUCGCGAACUCAUGCACGAUCUCGUUCUCUCGCAAGCUCCUUCCCGACGCAGAUGACCAGAGCUCAUUCGUCUCCUGGACUGGAUUCGCGCGGUCGCUAUGUUUAUUCACCAAGCGUCGCUAGACCUCCGAGUCCUUUAGAGCAAUCAAUCCGAAGACAUAGUCCGCUACGUGCUGCGGAUGACAUGCGGACUUUAAGCCUGAGUUCACUGAAUAUCUCAGAGACUAUUUCGGAACAUGCAGAACUCGAGCUACCUCAGGCUACACCGUCACCGUCAACAGAAUCGCAACCGACCUAUUCGCCGUUUCCUCCUUCGCCACAUACGUCUAUUUCUCGGCCUGGUCGACGACCCUCUUCUUCUUCUUCAUCACUACACAGCAAUCUCUCAAGCAUUACUAUCAACAGUACCAGCAGCCCAGGCUCUGUCCAUUCUUCCCCGCUCAUGAUGGCCACAAAAUUCAAUGAGUCGUACCCUGGACUGUCCAUAUCGUCCGCGUCCUCGAUGCCAUCUACACCAACUAGCCUUCGCUCACGCAGUCCCAGCAUAUCUUCUCUAGAGACGAUUCCCGAUAUCCCGGAUGCCGAAGCGGAUGCCGAAGCGGAAGCGCUCGAGUUGGAAGAGAUGGCUCGAUUGAAACUGGCUGCCGAAGCUACCGACGCAGAUAGCCUACCACGCCGAUCUACAGCAGAGAACUCACCGUCUGGAAACGCGAGAGGCUACGGAUCGAGGAAUGACAAACGAAAGCGUUGGAGUGUCUGUGGAGCAGAGCGACGGCAAGACCUGGACCUAGAAACUAUCUGGGAAGACUAG